CCGCCGCCUCCGCCCCCCGCCCCGUGACUCGGCUGCCUCCCGCGGGCGGCGGCGGCGGCUGCCGGGCGGUGUCGUGCGGCCCCCCGCGCCCGUGCGGGGACUAUGAAGCACCAUGGUGUGGUGUGACCGUGGCGUCCAGAUGCUGCUGACCACGGUGGGCGCCUUCGCAGCCUUCAGCCUCAUGGCCAUCGCCAUCGGCACCGACUACUGGCUCUACUCCAGCGCCCACAUCUGCAACGGCACCAACAUCACGACGGACGAGGCGCAGGGGCCGCCGCGGCGGGCGCGGGGCGAUCUCACGCACUCGGGGCUCUGGAGGAUUUGCUGCCUCGAAGGAAUCUACAAAGGACAUUGCUUCCGAAUCAACCACUUCCCUGAAGACAAUGACUACGACCACGACAGCUCAGAAUACCUUCUCCGCAUCGUCCGUGCCUCCAGUGUGUUCCCCAUCCUAAGCACAAUAUUGCUGUUGCUGGGAGGACUCUGUGUUGGAGCAGGAAGGAUUUACAACAGCAAAAACAACAUUAUUCUCAGCGCUGGGAUUCUCUUUGUUGCAGCAGGACUAAGUAAUAUCAUCGGGAUCAUUGUCUACAUAUCAAGCAAUGCAGGUGACCCAAGUGACAAGCGAGAUGAGGACAAAAAGAACCAUUACAACUAUGGCUGGUCUUUUUAUUUUGGAGCCUUGUCUUUUAUUGUGGCCGAAACCAUAGGUGUUCUGGCUGUGAACAUUUAUAUUGAGAAGAACAAAGAGCUGAGGUUUAAGACCAAGAGGGAAUUCCUUAAGACUUCUUCCAGUUCUCCUUAUGCCAGGAUGCCAAGUUAUAGGUACAGGAGGCGGAGGUCCAGAUCCAGUUCUCGAUCUACAGAGCCUUCUCCAUCUAGAGACAUUUCUCCGGUUGGCAUGAAGAUAGCAAGCACCAUUCCCAUGAACGAAAUUUCCAUGUACACUCUUUCCAGAGAGCCUUUGAAGGUCACAACAGCUGCCAGCUACAACGCAGACCAAGAAGCCAGUUUUCUGCAGGUUCACAACUUCCUUCAGAAGGAAUUUAAGGAAGGACUUCAUGUCAACAUGGUCAACAGGAGAACGACUCCUGUUUGAAGUACCUUCCUUCCUCGUGCUUUUUGAAGAAAUAUUGAAACAGAAUGGAUCUGUCAUGAAAGAGAAGGAGCGAUGUUAAACUACCCUCUCACCUCUUUAAUUGUGGCAUGUGUUGAGAUAGCAAGUGGAGAUCCUCUGGACCAACAUAAAGAUAUUACCCGCUCGUAGCUUUUUCUGAAGCUAGUCGGAGUUUGUUUCUUUCAGUUCUCGGUGUCACAAGAUGAAGGCAGUUCAUGUUCCUGCACUUUCGUAGUGUGUACAAAGUCUUGGAGAAACUGCAAAGGACUUGCCACCAGUGUGUUUUAAAGGAUUACAGAAAAAUUGUUGUAAGACCUUUUUUUUCUAAAAUUGAGAUCCCUUAUUGCAAACUUGCAAAUAUAAUUUAUAACCAAGCCCAAGGAUAAAUACGAACUCCUCAUCAAGUGAGCCACUCUCCUUUGACGCAGCAUAAGCUUUGCCUCUUUCAAAAGAAAAAAAAAAAAAAAAGGGAAUAAAGAAAAUAUUUUUGAAGGCAACACUUUCUAAAACUGACCUGUGCUACUGAAACCAUAGAGCACCCACGUACUGAGCAUUAUAGACUCGCUGAUGGGGUGGUAAGGGGGUCUCCCAUUUCUGGGUGUGAGGCAUCCCUCGGGGCAAUGCAGGUGGGGGACAAGAGGGGGGGUGCAUCUUGAAACACCUAGAAAGGGGAGGAUUAAAGUAGGUGGGACUUGAGCAUACUUGCAAAUAUCAUUUCUUGCCUAACAUUUAGAAAACUUGAAUUCUCAUUUCGACUAGCCCUAGUGCCUGAUCCGGCAAGGUGCUGAGUGCUGUCUGUCAGGAGCCCCUAUAGACUACUUAUAGCGAGAGCGAGAAGCAGAGCUGAGCCGGGGUGGCCCGCGCAGGCGAAGCCGCCGGUUCCCUGCGACUGCAUUCCUGUUUUCCUUACUGCUUCACAAGUGCAACACUAACGCUACUGGAAACUAAGAUAUUGGAGCAAUGUGCAUAAGAAAAUGAGAAGCUAAUACGUUCGGACUGGCAGAACUUCCUGCAGCAAUGGGAACUGAGUGUUAACAGAACGGAUGACAACUUUGUAUUUUUUAAAAUAGAACAAAAAUAA